AUGUCCCGGCCUGGGGGAUCCAGGAGGAGGCCUGGCACCCUGGGGCCUCCUGUGCGCAGCAUCCGGCCCUUCAAGUCCAGCGAGCAGUACCUGGAGGCCAUGAAGGAAGACCUGGCCGAGUGGCUUCGGGAUCUCUACGGGCUGGACAUUGACGCGGCCAACUUCCUGCAGGUGCUGGAGACAGGCCUGGUGCUUUGCCAGCAUGCCAAUACUAUCACAGAGGCUGCUCUGGCCUUCCUGGCUGAGGCGCCUACCCGAGCCCAAAGGAUUCCCAUGCCCCGGGCUGGGGUUUCCUGCAAUGGGGCCGCCCAGCCAGGUACCUUCCAGGCCAGGGACAAUGUCUCCAACUUCAUCCAGUGGUGUCGCAAGGAGAUGGGCAUCCAAGAGGUGCUGAUGUUUGAGACGGAAGACUUGGUGCAGCGCAAGAACGUGAAGAACGUGGUGCUGUGUUUGCUGGAGCUGGGCCGCCGAGCCUGGCGCUUCGGCGUUGCAGCGCCCACCCUGGUGCAGCUGGAGGAGGAAAUCGACGAGGAGCUGCGGCAGGAGCUGGCCCUGCCCCCGCCCGACCCCCCGCCGCCAGCGCCCCCUACGCGCCGGCCCUGCCACUUCCGCAACCUGGACCAGAUGGUGCAGAGCCUUGUGAGCCACUGCACAUGCCCGGUGCAGUUCUCCAUGGUCAAGGUAUCUGAGGGGAAGUACCAAGUGGGAGACUCCAACACCCUCAUCUUCAUCCGGAUCCUCCGGAACCAUGUGAUGGUGCGUGUGGGGGGCGGCUGGGACACACUUGGCCAUUAUCUGGACAAACAUGACCCCUGCCGGUGCACGUCUCUCUCGCACAAACCAGGCAGCUUCCUGAAGCCCCCAGCCCCACCAGUGCAGCAUGAAGUGCAGGUGCAGGAUGGACCCUCGCCAGCCCAGCCUACGAUGACCAUCAGCCGUUCCCAGAGCCCGCUGCCCCCUGUGGACUGGAGGAUGUACACCUCUUCAGGCCGAAAGUUGAGACCCCUUACCCCCUCCUCCCCUAGACCCCACAGUGAGUGGGGAGCAGGGGCAGGGGCCCUCAGAGAGACGGCACCAUUCCUGAGGUUCCAGGAGAGGACUCUCACCUCAUCUCGGAAGCAACUACCAGCUAGGGACAGCCCACCCAGCCUCCAGUCUUCAUCCCAUAGGGGCCAAGACCCACAGUGUACCUCAAGAAAGAGAGAGGACAGACACCCUACUGAACUCUCCAGGGGAAGGACUCCCACAUCUUGCGUUCAUGAGGAGACAGAUAGCUGGGGAACCCAUGCCAGGGCCCCCACUCCCCAGAGACUUCGAGCCCCGGAGACCACCACCAGAGGGACAUCAGCAAGAGGACCAUCUCCCCUGCCUCGAUCCUCUAGCCCAGCCAAGCCCCUGAGCCUCAGGCUGCCAAGCCAGAAUGAGGCUGAGGGUGCUUCUCCCCAGCUCAAGGAACCAGCAUCUGUGCAUUCUCCAUCCUCUAUUAAAGGACUCACCAAGAUUCCUGUCCAGCUGCCCCCUGCCUGCCCUCCCACAUCGGGAAGAAGCUUUCUAGGGACUGCAAGUACAGGUCCCAUAACAGAACUGGGGAGAGGCCCCAUCCCAUCCAGGGCCAUCAUUGGAGACCUGUCUGGGUCCAGAUAUGGGGACUGCUCUGUGGAAGUGAGGCAGGGGUACCAGAGGCCUGACAUCCAGGUCUCAGCGGAGGCUGGAGAGCCCCAGGGCCUGGGCCCACAGGAGCAGGAGGGGAGGUACACUCCCCUGCCCCUGGGUAGGACCCACGAGCAAGCCAUCUACUGUAGCCUUGAAGAGGAGAUUUUGGCCAACAUGAAGCUGCUAGAGGUGGGGGGAACCCGUCCCCUGUGCACAGGGUCUGGGGUCAUUCCUCGCAGUGGAGUCUAUGUCCCCAGCCUGGGUGAGAGGUGGCCUGAGCCUGGAGGUCCUUAUGACAAAGUCAUCCAAGAACUGGCUCAGGGACGCCCACCCCUCCUUAAAGUGGAACUGGGAGCCUGGAAGGCAGCCUCUACAGCCUCCCCUAAGCCAGCUGUUAACACAGGUCCAGAAAGCCCAAAAGGUAAACUGAGAGGCAGAGAGAGUGGACCAAGGACAAAAGCAGUACUGGGUGCCAAGAGCACCAGGAUGAAGGUCCCACCUCAAGGAGGGCAGGACUGCUCAGCCCCUACUGUGUCUGCCAGCCCGGAGGCCCCCACAGCUUCACACUUGGACUUCGGUUCUGACAAAGCCAAGACAUGUCUGGUCAAGGGCAAGAGAACACUCCGGAAGCCUCAAAGGGUCCCAUCCAUCUAUAAGCUGAAGCUGAGGCCCAGGAUCCGGCCCCGGAAAGAUCACAGGCCCGAGAAGCGGCCUUCACGAAUCCCCAAGCCUCUGGCUUACCUCCGCCUGGGCCCAGCCAGGGCCGCCCCUAGGGGCAGGCUGCUGAGAGCUGCGCUGUCCAGCAAGGGAGGGGAGGCAUGCCGGGUGGAGGGAGCUUCAGCAGGUGAGAAGGAGGGGGAAGAAAAGAAGAAAGAGGCAGCCGCCCCCCUGGAGAGCAGCCCCCAGCCUCCGGAGGGCCUGGGGCCUCAGCAACUUGAUGAAGGCCCACUCCCACCUGAGGAGGAGUCCUGGGUCUGA